AUGGCAGCUCUCGUUGCAGUGGCAGCGGCUGCCCCUGCAAGCGCAGCGGUUGUUUGCGGAUGGGUCGGCGAUGCAUGCAGCUCAGACACCCACAGAGUGAAGCUGCAGCAGGAGCGGCGGGAGCAGGAGCGCCAGCCACCAGCAGCAGCGUCCUCAGCUGCUGCAGCACUGCGAAAUUCGCAAGCACCUCCAGCUGCAGCUGCAGAGCUGCAACGCAAACAUCAGCCAGCACCUCCCGCUGCUGCAGAGGCACAGCCAGCCGCAGCAGCACGGGCAAAGAGCCCUUCGGCUGCUCCUGCUCACACUGCAGCUCGCCUGCUGGAAGCGGCUUGCGCUCACAGCCAGCCAACGACUGCUGCUGCUCUCGCCUGUUGCUUUUUCCCAAGGCGUCGUGAGCCACCACAGCUGCGGAGGCAAGGAGAGCGAGCAGCAACAGGGGUUGCUGCCCGAGACAAGAGGAAACGAUCAGAGACAGCGGAGCGGAAAAGUCUUCAGCAUCCGCCAGUCCUAAAAGCAACACUCCGUGCAGCGCCGCAAGCUGCUGCUGCUCCUGCGGCUGCUGUUGUUGAGUUCUCAGUUUUGCUGUCACUUCUGCUGCCUCACGCUGCAUCCGCUGCAACCACCCCUGUAUCCUUGCCUGCCUCUGCUGCUGCCGCAACAGCAGGCGAGACAGCCGAGCCCCCUCGAAUAGCACCUGCAACAUCAGCAGGCCUAAAACAUUCCGAAAGUGUUGCAGCAUGCGACGUGCCGAUGGUACAAACAGCGCAUGCAGGCAGCAGCAACCAGCAGAGUGAGCCAAAGCCAUUUACCUCCUCAUCGCUGUCGAGGCUACGGCGAGAGGGACUACGAUUGCUGCAGCAGAAAAGAGGCAGCACCUGCACAACUGCAGCCAUGAGAAAGCAGCUACGCCGCAACUCAGCAGUAGAAAUAGAGCCAACAGCAGCAACCAUGGCAGCCGUAACAACUGCAGCGGGAUCAGCAACAGCGUGA